UAAGAAAACGAAGAAAAUUCUUUUCGAAAUUUAAUUCCAAUUCGAAUUGAAAAUUCCUGUGCAAAGCCGAAUUGCUCUCUCUAUAUAUACAUACGUACUACAUAAUAUUUCUUGAACAAUUUUUUUUUUCUUGUGUUGGGUGCUGAAUUGAAUGUGUGUGGAGAGGAAAGAAUAAGCCUAAUCAAGAGGCCUGGAUAUUGAUUUUUUGUUCUAUAAAUUCAAAUAAGAUAAAAACAAAACGAAAGAAAAAAAAAGUGAAUUAAUUUUAUUUGAAAAUUAUUAAAAAACGCAGUUUUUCAUUUGAAAGAACUUCAAUCAGAGCGAAAAACGAAGGACCAAUACAAAAAUCCACGAAAAAUCAAUCGUUGGACAAAUAAUUUUCACGAAUUUUUUUUUAUUUAUUGUAUACACAAAUUGACGGCAAAAUCAUAAAAAAAAACUAAUCAUCAAAUAUCACGUAUUACAGUGUGGACAGUAAAAUUCAUUCAUUUUCUUGUGUCUAAAUGAACGUUUCGGAUAUUUACAGAAUCAAUUUCAACACGUUUUAGAGAAAGAGAAGAUUAAGAGUGUGAAAUAGAGAGAGAAGAGAGAGUGUGGCGGCUGGUGGCUUUAACGGCAACAGUAGUUUAAUUGCAAGCAAAACUACAUUCAACGGAGUACAAGCACAAAUAGAACAGAGAGCACACAAAAACAAUAAAUUAAAAGCAACAAAUCGUUUACAAUGUCGAAUCAACCAAAGCAACGUAUUCAAGUUCCUGAUAGUCUUCGAGAUAUUUUACUGGAAUUUUCAAUAGCCUAUUUGCUUGAACAGCCCGGUGAUGUUGUUGACUAUGCCGUUGAAUUCUUUACCAAGCUGCAAGAGAAUAGAAAAUCAAAAAUUUCACACGAUGACGUACCACCUUCACCGGAUGAAAGUAUAAUGUCAUUAGAUGAGGAGCCUUUAGUAAAUCGAUUUGCAACUCGACGCAAAUCCGUGUUCGCCGAAACCUAUGACCCUGAGAACGAUGCCGACGAAGACGAGGGAGCCGCUGCAAUAUUCCCAAAAAGUGAUGAGCAAAGAGCACGUUUGAUAGAAUCUGUUAAAAACAUCUUACUCUUUAGAUCACUGGAUAAAGAACAAAUGAACCAAGUUCUCGAUGCCAUGUUUGAGCGUAAAGUAUCGGCUGGCGAAAUUGUUAUUCGACAGGGUGACGAUGGAGACAAUUUUUAUGUUAUUGAAUCUGGUAAAUACAAGGCACUUGUGGGUGAUAAACAUAUUCACACAUACAAUAACAGUGGUAGUUUUGGCGAGCUUGCUUUAUUGUAUAAUAUGCCAAGAGCAGCGACCAUUGAAGCUGAGACAACCGGUCAUUUAUGGGCCAUGGAUCGACAAACAUUUCGUCGAAUCUUACUGAAAUCAGCAUUCAGAAAACGUAAAAUGUAUGAGAGCUUAUUAGACAGUGUUCCAAUGUUGAAAACACUUCAGAGCUAUGAAAGAAUGAAUUUGGCUGAUGCACUUGUACCAAAAUCAUUCAGCAAAGGUGAUAGAAUAAUUAAACAAGGUGACGCAGCUGAUGGUAUGUAUUUCAUAGAAGAUGGUACAGUUUCAAUCCGCAUCGAACAAGAUGCUGGCGAAGUGGAAAUCUCAACAUUGGGCAAGGGUCAAUAUUUCGGUGAAUUGGCAUUAGUCACACAUCGACCACGUGCUGCUUCUGCAUAUGCAGCAUCCGAUGUUAAAGCUGCAUUUUUGGAUGUAGAUGCAUUUGAACGACUACUUGGCCCAUGUAUGGAAUUAAUGAAGCGUAGCAUUGGCGACUACGAGACACAGCUCAUCAAAAUAUUCGGCAGCAAAAACAACAUCACAGACAUCCGAUAAAUAUUGAUAAAUUAUUCAAACACAUACACAAAGAAAAGUCCGAUAAUAAUUUCUAUUUAUAUACAAUUACAA